AUAAAUUCUUGUUGCCGGCGCCGCAGUUUGUUCAGUGUACAUGUGUUUAUUGUUUGUAAGUGAAAAGUUAAUUUGUUGCUUAUAAAAAGUAUAUAUAGAAUGGAGCGCAGUAUGCAGAAGCAGCUUUAUCGAGUUGCGCAGGAUGGCUCACCGAGCAUGCGACGAUCGCUGCCCUUGGCGCCUUCAGAAGUCGGGCGCAAAUCAUUUUUUGGCGGCAAUGCGAAUCAUUCCCCGAUCCCAGGCAGCUUAAAAAAGACAGCACUCAAUAAUAGUCGGCUCAGCCUUUCCGCUAGAUCGACAACACAGUCGAUACCCGGCAUACGCUCGGAUUACAAUGUCGUCGAAAGUUAUGGUCAUGCGCUGCCCGUGGUUGUCAAUGAGGCCUUAACUUUUGCCGGGCAAGCUUCAAACUUGGUGUCAGCUAAGAUAACGCAAAGUGGAUGGGCCUGGGUGGUGCAAGGACGUCGUUUGCUAAUAUGGCAAUAUAAGGAUACACCUAGCGCCGCCAAAACUGCAUCGCCGCCACGCAUGGGCAAGACACCACGACGAGGAACGGCAUCGGCGCAGUGUCGUGAACUAACAUUGCCACACAGCGACAUUGGCCACAAGAGUGAAUUGGUCAGCGUCUUUCAAGUUGAGGGACAGCAAAUGGCUUCAUGUAUUGCCGUCUCUGCCACUGGCGAGGUGCGCUACUGGGCAUCUAUAGCGCACGACAAUAAUUCGGUGGAUUUGUCCAUACUAGCGGGGCAGGAGUUCGUGCAGCUGCUCAAUCUGCCCACACAGCAAGGCUACUUGGCUAUUACGUCCACUUGCACCUUGGUAUUCCUGCGCGUUGGACUCACAAAUGGUCGGCAUUCGUUGCAUCACAAAACAAUCAAACCAGCUACGAGUUUUCUCGGUGGUUUUGGCAAGAGAUUUGCCUCCAUGCUUAUUGGCAUGAAUAGCGGCAAUGACAGAGAUCAGUUCCUAGUUGGCAUGUGUUGUGAGGGCAAUACAGAUGACGGUGAAACUGUUGUUGCUGUACUCUCGGAUCGUGCGAUUCAACGCUGGCGCAUUUCCAACAAGGGCAACACUGAGAAACUAAUCUACGAGGAUGUGGAACUGUUGCGCAAAAUGCGUGAGAUGAUCUUGCUUAAGUUCUGGAAUAUUCGAACACCCAACGAUGCUGAGGUGGACUUGCACUUCCUUGACUUUCAUGUGGUCAGAGGAUAUGCCUAUAUUCUUGUUGGUGCCGUAAACCAGUCGCACACACCACAGAUGUAUUACUCCAUAGUUGUGGCCACCGCUCAAGAGGAGAGCAUGCAACUAGAGUGCUUUACGCCGCUGAAACUCAACAAGUUUUUCAACAGCAAGACGGUGCAGGAGUGUCUCAGUGUGCGCAUCAUUGUCGGCAACUCACAGAUGUAUCUGUACACGCCCAAGAUUGUUUAUCCACUGCUUUUGGCAAACUCGGCACCCACAGCUGAAAUGGAGGCGGAAAAAGUCGAGUUUCAUUUGCAUGACGAUCGCAUCCUUAGCGCUGCCUUCUGCAAUCAUUUGCCACUCUUCUUUAGCCGCACACAUGGUCUAGUUUCGAUUACACCCGGCGAUUUUGACAGCACCGAUUUGAUGAACAUGAGCAGCUGUAAUUCACCGGAUCUGUUUGCGCCCCUUUCAUUCAAUGCCAGUUUCAGUGCACCCGAUCAAAGCGUAAUGGCCGACAGCUCCAACAAUUUGCCUAUGUAUCAACUGGAUCCCGAUGAUGUCUAUUCCGAGCUCAACAAUGAGGUUGGCCAAUUAAAGGCUGCUUUCCUAUACCGUCUGAAACGCAAUAAUAACAUGGUUAACACAAUUAUUGCUGAUCUUAUGGAGAGUAUUGCAGAACCCGAUCCAAAUGGCGGACCCUUGGAUGCAUAUAAGCUGGAUAGAGUUGUCAUCACAAUUGCGGAGGACUUGGCUGAGGAUUUGCCUAUUGCUGAUCCACGCUGGCAAUCAGCCAUUGAGCAGUACGAUGGCAAUCGACAUGCGUUGGGCAGCUCUCGCUCCAUGCAGAUCAUAAACCAGUUACGUGACAAGAGCAUUGCCUUCCAGCACUUUAUAGACUUUUUGCACUUCAGUGGUCUGUGGGAGAAGCUCAAUGCUAUUCCCUGUGGCAGCAAUGUACUCAAGCCAACCAGCUUCAUACUCGCAGACAUUGGCGAAAAGAUUAUUGCAGCUGCAGCUUUGCGUACGAUCCAAAGUAAAAUGCCCAAGAUAAUCGAGGAGGCCAUUGAACUGAGUGUUGCCGAAUGGGAUGAGAAGCCCAAUGGCAGCCUCACCGCACAGGAUAUAUUCUACGUUAAGCUGUGCAAGUUCCAAUGCGUAUUUGAAUCGCUGGCUGACAUGGCCGAUGAACGUAUUGCGGCUCAAAAUCGCACAACAGUUUCGGUGGCGCAAUACAUCUCGGAUAUCAAUGUGAUUGUGCUGAAUACGUUGAGUCAGGUGUUUAGAUAUCGUGAGCAGAAUGCCAACAGUUUCAAGUUGAACUCCAGCACAUACGAGAAUCAACCGUGGACAGCGACGCCUGGAAAUGCAGGCGUACACGAUUCACUUUCCCGUCUCAUCGAUCUUAGCAUUCGCUAUGGCGCGCAGUGUGUCAACGAAUCGGAGCUGAAACAUCAGCUAUAUCAGCAAAUAUUGGAGUUGAUGGACAUGGUAUUGGAGGGGCGCAAGAACUAUUUGGAGAGCGUGCGAGAUACGGAAAAGUAUCAGGUGCUGCAGCAACAAUUCGAGGCGCAGCGAAGCGAUCUAAUCUCUGUGCUAAUCAAGGACCAACAGUACGAGUGCGCUGCAAAGCUUGCUGAAAAGUAUUUGGACUUCCAGAGUCUUGUGCUCAUCUGCGAUGAGACACAGGACAAGGAUCGCUUGGAUGAGUACACACGCAAAUAUGAAGACUUUGACUUUUCACAGUUCGCAAUCAAUUGGCACUUGCGACAGAACCGGCAUGGCGAGGUGUUCGAGCGUUUCAAGGGCAACCAGCCAGCGUUGUCGCAAUUCAUGCGCGAUCAUCCGUCACUGGGCUGGAUACAGCUUGUGUUUAACGGCGACUUUGAGCGUGCGUCCAAGGUGCUAGUUGACCUGGCCCAAAGCGAAACGGAAUUUGUUGCUCGCAAAAAGUCUAUGCUGUCGUUGUCCAAGCUAGCCGCCUUUGCAGAAUCUUCUGAUUUGACAGCGCAGGUCGAUAAAAUAAACACCGAGCUCUCGAUCAUUGAAUAUCAAUCACAUUUGGGACACGACGUCUUGCAAAACUUUGGCUUCGAUUCGACCGAUCAGAAGGUGCUCAAGCCAGAUGAGAUUAUUAAUCUAUACAUUGCUGAGGAAAAUGAUGCAGCCACCGAAGUAGAGUUCCGCAAGGCGCUGGAGUUGCUCACUUAUGUGGAUCAACCCUACGAUAUGAGACAUAAAAUAUGGUGUGCGGCCAUACGGCGCGAUAACUGGACCGAUUAUGAUACGAACAAUGCCAUCGAAUAUAUACAAAAGCUGUUAUUCUUCAGAAUCAUUGAACUGUCGCAGAUGAUGGGGCAAGAGUCGGACACCUUUCUGCCACCCAUGGAAGACUUCUUGGACAGCAUCGAGUUGGGAGAAUUGCCACAGCACAAAUCAUUUCAAUAUCUGCUCAAGUUAACCUACGAAUAUGUGGGCGAUUUGUUUAAGCAAGCGAAAGAUAUGGAACUGUAAUCAUCUUCGUCAUUUUGCCAAUUAAUAAAACUUAACUUUAAGAACGUAACAACAAUAAUAACAACAACGACGAC